UUCCACCACACUUGAACUUUCAGUCUUUUGAUCAGAAAUUCAGAAAAGUUUCUCCAUCAUCUCUAGCCUCUCUACCUCGAACUUCUCUGCCCAUAUAGACACUUUCAAAUAAGACUCAAUAGCACGUUGCAUUACACGUAGCUCUCUGUUAUACUACAUACCGAAACACACGCGCCUACACAAAACCACGCAAUCAUGUCCACCGUCGCUACCACCGUCGUCACCGGAGACAAGAAGGGUCGUGUCCUCCUCGCCUACUCGGGUGGUCUGGACACCUCGUGCAUCCUCGUCUGGCUCAUCGAGCAGGGAUACGAGGUCUACGCUUUCAUGGCCGACGUCGGUCAGGAAGAGGACUUUGAGGCCGCCAGGGAAAAGGCUCUGAAGAUUGGUGCCAAAAAGUUCUUCUUGGAGGACUUGAAGAGGGAGUUUGUCGAGGAGUUGAUCUACCCCGCCGUCCAGUGCAACGCCAUCUAUGAGGGAGUCUACCUCCUCGGUACCUCGCUCGCUCGACCGGUCAUUGCCCGAGGCAUGAUCGAGGUUGCCGAGAGGGAAGCUUGCGACUACGUUUCGCACGGAUGCACCGGAAAGGGUAACGAUCAGGUCAGGUUCGAGCUCGCCUUUUACGGGUUGAAGCCGACCAUCAAGGUCAUUGCUCCCUGGAGGUUGCCUGAGUUCUACGACCGAUUCCCCGGUCGAUCGGCCCUCCUCGAGUAUGCCGCUCAGCACGGUGUUCCCGUCGUCCAGACCGCCGCCAAGCCGUGGUCGACCGACGAGAACCUGUUCCACAUCUCUUACGAGGCCGGUAUCCUCGAGGACCCCAACACCACCCCUCCCGCCGACAUGUGGAAGUUGACCGCUUCCCCUGAACACGCCCCCAACGAGCCCGAGCAGAUCGUUGUCGAGUUCAAGCGAGGUCUGCCCACCAAGGUCACCGUCCCCGGCACCGGAGCCGUCUACACCGACGCCGUCGAGAUCUUUUUGCAGCUCAACGCGCUCGCCAGGAAGCACGGAAUCGGUAGGGUCGACAUUGUCGAGAACCGAUUCAUCGGCGUCAAGUCGAGGGGUUGUUACGAAUCCCCCGGUGCGACCAUCUUGAGGGUUGCCCACAUGGACCUCGAGGGAAUGACCUUGGACAGGAACGUCCGUGCGCUCCGUGAUCAGUUCAUCACCAUCGAGCUCUCCAGGAUCCUCUACAACGGUUACUUUUUCUCCCCCGAGCGUGAAUUCUUGACCGCCGCCAUCCCUGCCAGUCAGAGGACCGUCAACGGACAGGUCAAGCUCAAGCUCUACAAGGGCAACUGCGUCGUCGAGGGAAGGUCGUCCGACGAGGGGUUGUACGACGAAAAGUUCUCGUCGAUGGACGAGAUGGGCGGGUUCGAGCCCAGCGAGACUACCGGAUUCAUCUCGGUCUCGGCCAUUCGUCUCAAGGCAUGGGCCAACGCCAACGUCCAGAAGGGUGCCGGUGGUGUCAAGAGGUCCGACGUCUACAACCCCAAGGAGUAGAUCCGGAUCUUCUCCUUCCUACGUCCGCCCUGCUCGCCCUAGAGCAAUACCAAAACAACAAUCACGCCUCGCCUGCCAUACCACCGCGCUUUGCGCUGCACAAUCAACCACGACCAGUCUCGCUUCAAUUUCAUUCAAUACUCUUUUCUGUCUCUUGGGUACAUGUCUUUUUCCAUUCGUUAUCGAAAUAUCAAUUUUCAAGGG